AUGGAAGAGGCUGGUGGAGGUGGGUUUUGGGGUGCUACCAGCAUUGGGUAUGAGGUAGGAGACUGCCGAAGCAAGAGGAGGGGGUUAGGGGCGCCACCGCUGGAGGGAAAUGGAUUUGGGGGCAUCGUUGGAGCAGGGGGCGAGGGUCGGGUGACUGCCGGAGUAAGAGGUCGGGAUUGGAGGCACCACCAUUGGAGCAGGGGAAAGGGAUUUUGGGGGGGCAUCACUGGAGCAGGGGGUGGGGUUUGGGUGAUUGCCAUAGCAAGAGGUAGGGGGUUGGGAACGCCGUCGAAGUACGGGAAGGGAGUUGGAGGCCUCACCGGAACUGGGGAAAUGGGUUGGCUUCAAAGAGGAGAUAGAAAAUAG